CUUACUUUGCUUGACGUUUGUUUCGCGUUUUCGUUCCCCAGAACGGUCGAACUGUCAUUGUCUUUCUAUUUUUGUUUGUGUUGUCAACAUCCAGUCUUUGUUCAAUCAUGGAUUCUUUCCUGGGUCUGUUUGACCCGGGUGAGGAGAGCCAGUUGCCUCCAGAGCCUCAGCUGGGCAAUGUUGAGUACAAGCUGAAACUGGUCAACCCUUCUAAGCUCAGAUUUGAACAUCUUGUCACUCAGUUGAAGUGGCGGCUGAGAGAGGGUCAUGGGGAAGCUAUCUAUGAGAUUGGAGUGGAGGACAGUGGGCUGCUGACAGGAUUGUCUGAGGAGGAGAUGACAGACAGUCUGGAGACUCUGGAGUUGAUGGCUCGUAGACUGGGAGCUACAACCACUAUUCUGAGGGAGAGGGCGGUGGACCCGGGCAGACAGGUGGCGGAGGUCCUUGUACGCAAGGUGCCUGAUGAUCAACACAACAUAGAGGUGAGGGUAGCUGUGAUGGGAAGUGCAGAUGCUGGCAAGUCUACUCUUUUAGGAGUCCUCACACAGGGACAACUGGACAAUGGACGAGGUCGUGCAAGACUAAACAUGUUCAGACAUCUACACGAGGUCCAGUCCGGCCGCACCUCCUCUAUCUCCCACGAGAUAUUAGGCUUCAAUUCUCAGGGGGAAGUGAUGAAUUACAGUGAGCUGGUAACUGCAGAAGAAAUUUGUGAAAACUCAACAAAGCUUGUGACGUUCAUGGACUUGGCCGGCCAUCGCAAGUACCUGAGGACGACAGUGCAGGGUCUGACGGGGUACUCUCCCCACUAUGUAAUGCUGGUGGUCAGUGGGCGUGCAGGAGUGCUUGGAAUGACCAGAGAACACCUUGCCCUGGCCAUCGCGCUAGAUGUUCCUCUCUUUGUCACCAUUACAAAGACUGACCUAGGCUCUCCCCAGGAGACACUCAACUGUCUCAAGACUAUCCUCCAGAGUCCAGGAUGUCGCAGGGUACCAUUUGUAGUGAAGAAUGAGGAUGAUGCUAUAACAGCAGGGUCCAAUCAGCUGGCAGACAACAUAGUGCCUGUGUUCCUAGUGUCAAGUGUGAAUGGGGAAGGGCUGGAGUUGCUCACUAGGUUCCUGCAUGUGCUACCUCCAGGCAUCAGCCACAAGGAGAAGGAGCGGCUCGAGCAGGAGCCUUGUGAGUUCCAGAUAGAUGAGUGUUUCAGAGUGCCUGAUAUUGGACCUGUCGUCGGUGGACUACUGACAAAAGGGACUGUCAAUGAAGGCACCAAACUGGUAUUAGGGCCGUUGGACUCUGGGGAGUUUGUGCCGGUGGAGGUGCAGUCCAUACAUCGCAACAAGGCUCCAUGUCGCACAGUGCGCGCCAGCCAGAGUGCUUCCCUAGGCCUGGACUGUGCACCAGUGGCACUGCGUGCUGGGAUGGUGCUAAUCAGUACCGACCAGUGUCCUACUGGUUGUCUGUUCUUCCAGGCAACAGUGUGUGUGCUGUUCCACUCCACUGCCAUCCACCCUGGGUUCCAGAUGACUGUACACAUCGGCAACGUCCGUCAGACUGCUAGGAUUGAAGGUAUCAUGGCUACCGGUGGUAUCCAAACAAAUGAGAAGGCCAGUGUACUUUUCCGCUUCCUUAGACACCCAGAGUAUGUCAGAGUCGGCAUGCGACUGCUCUUCAGGGAGGGAACCACUAAAGGCAUUGGGAAAAUCACUCAAGUUUUCCCUCUUGAAGUCCAUGCAGGUUGAGCACUUGUUGGCCUUGACAACUUGGAUCUGAUAUGCUUCUCUGCACCCAGUGACGUGGAGACAGCUUUUUUUAUACAUCUAUGAAAUGACAGUUCAAAAUGAAGAUUUCAAAUGUCAGAACUUCACUUUUAACAUGUGAUAAUCUUCGAUCUGUUGCUGAAAGUUUUAAAAUAUUUUGUCUGAAUUACUAUAUUAAUUUACAUUUUAAUAUUGAUUGUUCAAAUUGCUAAACUACCCACCUAAGUAAUAUAUUUGCAUCACCAAUUUUUAACAGUAAUAUUUUUAAGUCGUAUUUACUGCUUUAGUGACUUGUAAAAAAGGUUUAUAACAUUUGGGAAUCUGAGCUUUCUAUGUUUAUUUUAAGUAUUUUAUUUUAUGAUUAGUUUAAGUACGUAAAUAAUUCCUGUGAAUAGUAUUGCCUGCAGUUCAUAAAAAAACAGUUGGUUUAAGAAAUUGAAGACUUAAAAAAACAGCAGUUCCGGUUUUAGUUUGUAUUAUGGAUUCAAUUAUGUUGAUCAAGGCUCUAAAUAUAAACCACAUAGAUAUGUUAAACAUAAAUAAGAAUUUAUUUUAAUGUUUGAGAUAGUUUGUUAAAUGAUGUGUUGUAGUGAUGGUCAAAUCCAAUAAUCUUGAAUUUGAUUCUGAAUCCUUUAUGAUUUAUUUUUGUUUAUCUAACACUUGCUGUUUGCCCAUGCCUUCACAACCUUGUGUGUUUAUUUAAUGCAGUAAACUAAAUAAUGAUGUUCGUAAUUCAAAAAUUCAGAAUAUUUUCCAUACUAAAUCAAACAAACUGAUUACAAUAUUAAUUUAAACCCCAGUCAACAAUUGAAUCUAGAUGAUUUCUUCAGAUUCCAGAGUUGGGUAAAACACUUCACGUGCUGUGAUUUUUUUGCUCAUUUAUGACUAAUUUAUAAACGUGAUUUUAUAAAUAGGACAGUGGUAUAAGAAAUAAUAGUAUUUUAUUUGACAAUUGCUGCCAGUACUUAAAUUUUAAUUCUAAUAUUUCAUAAGAAAAAAUUACAUAAUGUUUGGUUAUUUAGUUAAGUUAAACUGCAUUAGCCUUGGUUUGUUACUGCCAACUACAUUUAUUUUACAUAAAGAUUGCUUUAACAGUCAACUAUGCCUGUUCCAAAUGUUCAAAUGUUUCAAAUAUAAACUUUUAUGCUUUCAGUCAUGGUCAUGACCUGUGUUAUCAAUAUUCUAUUAGUUUUUUUGCAUAGCAAGGUUGAAAAAAAAGGUUAUAAUAAGCCUACAAUUAAUUUUGUUGUGGUAAAUUAGCCUAGCUAAAACUAGGUUUUACUCACAAUUCUGAUGCUGUGCAUUAUGGUAUGUUUGAAUUGAACAAACAGAUAACUACAAUAAGUCACAGCAUUAGGGAUUUUCCAUUCAUUGCAUAUUUUAUUUGUUAACAACUUUAUAAUAAAGCCAAUUAGCUUAAUGAAUAUAGAUAUUGAAACAUUUGAUUGCUGUAUAACUGAAAUAAAAAUCAAUCUUAAGUGAUGUCUAUGAAAUAUUUAUGAGCUCUUGUAAAUCAAUUUUGCCUUAUGUUUGUAUAAGGUCCUUCCUGUUACUGGAAAGGCCCAUCUAACUGCAUCUAAAUUUAAUAACUUACAAUAAAUUUAGAGAAUCCGCAAUGGUAUUUAUUAUUGUUAUUUUCUUGUUUGUAUUUUUUGUUCAAAAUUCUGUGAAUAAUGUGCAUUGGACGAAAAAAUUUUAAAAAUGAAAUAUGCUGAUAUAAACAACAUUUGUUAAUGUUUCAUCAAUGAUUUUAGUUUGCAAAUUUACAAUAUGUGUAAAUUUCAACUUAAAAUAGAAUGACUAGCCUAACUUAACAAAUUUUAUAAAUGUAAUGAAGAAAUAUUAAAAUGUGUACCUAUUUAAAUUUAAAUACCCCCGCCGCAGCAAACCUGCAGACUUAGCAAAUUUCCAUGUGCCUCAUUGGAUUUGUAACACUAAAAUAUUUCCUUAAAUAUAUCACAUUUAUUCCCUCUUUAAAUAGAAUUAGCUUAACGAGUACUUAGGUUUGCUGCAACAGGGAGGGUAAAAAAGUGUUUUUAAUGUAAAAUGUUAAUAGGUACUGUAGUUUAGUAAGAAAUUAACGUAUUUUCCAAAUUUGAUCAAAAUAUGUUCAUGAAUAAGCAAACUACAACAGUUGACUUAUUCUCCAUAAAAAUAACAUGGGAAUUUUAAAAUUACAAUUUUUUUGAAUUUUCUCCGUAACCCUUAGGCGCUUAAUAACCCUUCAACAUACUGAAUUAUUUGUUUCUUUAAGCUCUACAUAAUGGUUUGGAAAGUAAUUGUGUAAUUUUGUGUUUUUAGGGUCAAAAAUGGGAAAACCCUAUUUUUACCCCAUAAAACCCCCCAUAAACCCCCGUUCCCAUAGUCCGAUCAUGCUGGUUCGCAUUCAAGUUUAUCCUGCUUUACACCUUUAAACCAAAUUUCAUCAAAAUCGGACAAAUAUUACUCAAGUUAUCGCGUUCACGGACACAUAUAUAUAUAUAAAUUUUAACGAAUGGUGUUUUUGGCCUCUGGGGACAUCAUAAUAAAAAAGUAAAUCGGUCCCGGGUCUAGGUCUUACCAUGCCACCUACAGUAAUAGCCCUAUAGGGAAAUUCGCUAAAAUGAAUAGUCUUUGUGGUGUGUCAAAAAGUAACAUUCAAAAUACGAGUCAAAUCUCGAGCUUUAAACACAUGGUCUUAAAUAUGUUAUGACUUACUUUCUACUCUUGUUAUGAAAUAGUAUACUAUUUCAGUGGCAAAAUAGCCAAGGCAUGAAUGGUAAACUGAUGGAACAUUCCAAACAACAGUAUGGACCUUAGAGGUUGUUGAUUGACAUAGAUAGACUUUUGGAUUUGACAUGGAAUAAUAAGAAGUACUUUGUAGACAUCCAAAGAAGAAAAACAUUUCAUAUAUGUAAUACUUAUAUAAUUGGUUACUGCACAAACAGGUUGUUGGUACAAAUGCUAAUUCAAAUGCUCUACUUUGUGCCUUUUAGUGCAAGUAAAAUAUAACUUUUUUUUAGAAUAUACUUUUGUUAUUUUUGUCUGAUCUUUAGUUUACAAAGUUCUAAAUUUUUAAUCCACUGCUUUUAUUUUUGCUGCAUCUUAGAUUCCUCAAACCAUCAAAAGUUGAAAUAUAUCUUAAACUGCUCUUGUUAUUGACAUUACUGUAAAACUAAACUCACAACAUGAAAGUUGUUGGUUUCAAGAUGAAGGUAGAAAGAUAUUCUCCUAAUAAAAUUCUAAUAAGUAGAAUGCUACACAAAAUACUAACAUAUAGUUACCCAAAUAUUGUAGUGACAUUUUCAGUAUAUCAUUAGAUCUCAUUUUGUUUAAAAGUAGAUUAUUUACAGUAUUAGACUACCUUUUUCAACCAUGGUCUCAUUAGCCGUCUCAUUAAGCUAGUUUUUUUAUUUUUUAUUGAAUCAUAAUUUAGAGUGUUACAAAGUGUGAUGUUUGUAGGUAAGAGAUUGUGAAUUAAUUAUUUGUGGAAUUUGAAAUAAGUAAUUACGAAUAUUAGGUUACUGUAUUUGUAUAUUUGCUAGUUUUACUAGUGUGUUAGACAAGCAAAUUUUAAUUUAUUUACCUAACAAAUCAAUAUUGUACAUACUUUCUGGUAAGUCAUGGCCAAGGGCAAAAGGUGUGUUAAUAUUUAACAUGUGGCUGUGUCAAUGUGUAAUGUUUGAUGUAAGUUACAUUAAAAAUAUCAAAGCCAAUGUGAAUAUUAUAUAGAUCAUAUUCGAUUAAUAAAACUAUUAUGAUUAACAUUGUACAAUUCUAUGAAUUGUAUACUCUAGAUAAACUUAGUCCAUCAAUUGUUUGUGUACAUAACAUAUUUUAACUACUCUACUAUAACAGACAAACAUAGACUUUAUACAAAUUAACUUUUUUUAAUGAUAAAUUAAACAUUUAUUAUUACAUAUUUUAA